CUUCCUUUCCCUUUCCCUUUCAACAACGACACACGCAUAGGCACACAAUUCAUUUUAUUUUCGCUUUCCUAUACAAAAACCUAAUCACAUACAUAACAUAAAACACUUACGGAAACCCAUAUGGCAUUUCAGAUUCCCACAACGGCAAAUGCGCCCGAAGAUGUGCUCCUGGAGUUCUGCAAACAGCUGACUUGGGAAUGCACGCUUGUCAAGGGCGCCAAAAAACGCAAUCGCUCUUGGCCACAAGUUAUACCAUUCAACAACCUCGUACCUUACUUGUUUCAAGCCCCUGCUUCGGUCAGAAACACAUAUUUUGCUUCACUGGAAAAAUAUGGCGAUUUUACCAGAUUCUUCAAAUUCCAUGCACCUGGCCGAAACCGAGAACUGAACGAUACCGACAACUGGCAGAGCUUUGAAUCUUGGGGUUACGAAUUGGUCCCGUCGCAAGAGGCAUACUUGCAGGACGAACGAUAUGCGGACGGUAUCUUUCCUAAGAUUCAUCGAGCAGGGCCACUGGAUUAUUUACUGGUUAUGUAUCCGCCUUACUUUGCUGCCGCGUUUGAGCUCGUUGAUCAAGAGGCACUCAAAAAGAAACAGUUGGAAGAUGACAUAAAGGUGCAGCGGCAGUCUCACUUGUCGACACAGUAUGCUAAAAGUGCUUUGUCAACUCCUGCCAACUUCGCAUCAACUACCACCAUGUCCGCCACCUCCAAUAACAGCAACAGAAACGCUGCUACUGGAUCAGCAACAACAUCCAGGUUUACGGUGGCACAGGCAACAGGCUUAAAGAACGACAGUUAUACUAUUCCCCGCAACCAUAUGGUAAGACGAAACACCUACAAUAUAAAAGGAGAAAGAGGGGAGGAUAUGGGUCAGCAACUAUAAAGUGAUAAACUAGAUUGACUGAUGUGUGCAAGUAAUGUAAAUUAGACUGAGGAGAAAUACAAGAAGCAACAAAUCGAGGCAUCUAAUAAGAAGGGGGACAUGUAUACCAGAGGCGCCAGGCUCACUUACUCGUCAGCUCGAGAUGACAAAUUAUGCAUGGAGAUCGAAGAGCUGUACAGGGUAAGGAAUGCA